AUGUCGCGGGUCCCGCCAGCUGUCCCUGCAAAUCCUGCGGCGCCGCCUGCCAUUGCCGAUCCUGUUGUUGCGCCGCCCGUGCCUGAAUUUCUUGCGGCACUCCCCACCGUUGUUGUCCCUGUUGCACCCGACGCGGCUGUUGGUUCGUCGCCGAUGGCAGUGUCCGCCACCACUGGCGACCAGGGCCCGAUUGUGGCGCCCGCGGGGGCCGUCCAGGCGGCUCCUGUUGCUGCACCUGCUGGUCAGCAGCUGGGCCAAUGCUCCUCUCGCCCGCGUUCUCCUGCGCCUCGUGAGGAGCGGGAGUCGUCGCGACGCCGUCGUGAUUCUCCACGGCGUAACUGUUCGCAGGCGAACUGGCAUGCGCAACCUGGCGGUCGUAGGGGGUGGUCGGGAGGCCGCGGUUAUGGCAGCGGCGCGGCGUAUGUUCAGCCGAUCUCCCUUGCUGACGUGCAGCAUGUUGUCUUGGCAGCGAUACGUGAGGAGAGGGCACUGCAGCACCUUGCUCCCGCUCCGGCGGCUCCUUCUCCGGCCGUUUCUCCUGUGGCUGCGGCUCCACCACGUCAGGCUGUUGCUCCAACUCCUCUUGCCCCUGCUCCAGCUCACCCCGUCCCUGCCGCAUCUGCUGCCGCACGCGAUCGUCGCUUGCGGCUACCAUGGGUUCCUCAAGUGGCGGGACUGGAAUUUGUGACUGCGGCAGGAGGAGCGGUGACGGCACAGUACCCGCCUCUGCUGCCUGCUGAUCCUGCUCCCCCGUCUGAUGCACCGAUCCUCUCAACCUUGCCUGGGCCUCCUCGCACGGCUGAGGGGAAUUCCCUAGAUGGAUGCCCUCGGGACGAGUGCCUCAAUGCAGCGGAUCGGCUUGCCGAGCUCCUGGCGCCCGUGCUGGCUGCGCCCCCACGGGGUAUAAUUGCGGGCGUUCGGCAGCUUGGUACGGCUGUCCGUGGGUUGAAGCGGGUCCUGCGUGCUGGCACUAGAGACGAAGUGAUCGGCGCAAGCGCGGCGGUGGUGCGGGAGCUUCACCGCUCUCGGACUGGGCUCCUUGCAGUUCUUGACGUGGAUCAGAUCUAG